AUGACUGGAGGAGUUGGGGCUGCAUUUUGCAGUGCCUGGAGUGAGACUUGUGUGCGUGUUUUUGUGACAGUGCAGGUCUCUGGGUGGACUUCAGCUGUAAGGGUGCUCCCCUCCCCAGGUGUGUGUUUGACCGCGACAGUCGUCCUGAGCACAAGGUAGACUUUUCUCAGAAUGCAGAUGGCGUGAGCAGUCAGGGGAAAAGUUUCUAACAGCUCACGUCUGAGCCUUGGCUAAUUCAGUCAGUCCGCUCUGCACAGUCUGACUCAGUCAGGGGAGAAACAGCAGCAGCCGGAGCAGCUGAGAGGGACUCCUACUUGAGCUUGUCUCAGACUUGGAUUUCUGUUGUUGAUCGAUUACCUGUCAGUGGACUGGAGACUCAAGCCGUGCAUCCCCAGUCAACAGACCUGAAGGAUUCAACAAGGCUGUCUGUGUAGAAGAUUGAAGCUGCUGCAAUGGAUGACCAGAGCGUGUCCCAAAACAGCAGUCCUCAGCGCUGCGGAGGUCAGUCCAGUUCUGAGGGUCAGAGGUCAAACGUGAUCAGGUGCGGUUGGCUCAGGAAGCAAGGAGGUUUUGUGAAGACAUGGCACAGUCGCUGGUUUGUUCUCAGAGGGGAGCUGCUCUACUACUACAAAGAUGAGGAGGAGAUCAAACCCCUGGGUGUUAUUUCUUUACCUGGAAACAAAGUUUCAGAACAUCCAACCAACGGAGAUGAAGGAGGGAAAUUUCUUUUCGAGGUCAUUCCAGGAGGAGAUAGAGAGCGGAUGACAACCAACCAUGAGACCUACCUACUUAUGGCCAGCACCCAGAAUGACAUGGAGGAUUGGGUGAAGACGAUCCGGAGAGUCAUCUGGGCACCAUUUGGUGGAGGGAUCUUCGGCCAGAAACUGGAGGACACAGUGCGUUAUGAGCGCCGGUUUGGGAACAAACUUGCUCCGAUGCUGGUUGAGCAAUGUGUGGACUUCAUUCGCCAGUGGGGCCUUCAAGAAGAGGGUCUUUUCAGACUGCCUGGUCAGGCCAAUCUGGUCAAAGAGCUUCAAGAUGCCUUUGACUGCGGGGAGAAGCCCUCGUUUGAUUGUAACACAGAUGUGCAUACAGUAGCGUCUCUACUGAAGCUGUACCUCAGAGAACUACCCGAGCCUGUCAUCCCCUUCCAGAAAUAUGAAGAGUUCCUGGCCAAAGCCAAACUCCUCGGUAAAGAUGAUGAAAUGGGUAUGAAGGAACUGAAAAGGCUUGUGGAAAGUCUACCUCCAGUAAACUAUAACCUCCUCAAGUACAUUUGCAGAUUUCUUGAUGAAGUUCAGUCAUACUCAGGAGUGAAUAAAAUGAGUGUUCAGAACUUGGCGACGGUCUUUGGGCCAAAUAUCUUAAGGCCAACGAUUGAGGAUCCGGUAACAAUCAUGGAAGGAACUGUCCUGGUCCAGCAGCUCAUGGCUGUUUUGAUUGGCCACCAUGACGUGCUGUUCCCCAGAGAUGAAGACGAGCCGACAGCACUUGAACUCGCUAACAACAACAACAUUGAACCGCUGAAGGGACAAGUCCCCACAACUACCUCAGCUGUCAGCGCCCUGUCUCAGAAUACAGAGAACAACAACACGCAGCUGAUGCGGCAGUGUGUUUGGGACACCGAGUCUCAGUCGCACCGCCAACAAGUAGACAACACCAGCUCGCCACGAUCGGCGAGCCCGAGGACAGUUAUCACAGGACGCUUUGAAAUGACCCGUAGUCCGCCCCUGAUGGUGAAGAAGAACCCAGCUUUCAGUAAAGGUAGUGGCAUUGUUACUAAUGGUUCCUUCAGCUCCUCGCCCCCAGCAGAUUUUGAUAAGACCCAGAACCUGACCGCAGGUGGUAGUUUGCCCAUGCGUCGAAGUGGGGCGCUUAAAGGUCCGGGCACAAAAAUGGGCACCAGCGGUGUGACAAGUGGAGGCAGUCCUGCUGCGAAUGGGACAAGUGCUUUUCGACUGGGGAUGUCAGGGUCUGAUAUGAUCACAGGAGGUCCAACCAGCCGCAAUGGUCUUUGGGUACAAAACAGCUGUGUUGCACUUCGGGAGAACAAGACGCGUGACGUCUCCAACAACGGGGAUCAAACGACCAAUCAGAACCGCCUGUCCACGUACGACAACGUCCAACUGAACCAUCAGAACCUGCAGAACCAGAUCACCAGCAUGUGUCUGAACACCAGCUGCGAAGACAAGCAGAGCGUGGACAGCGCCACCUGGUCCACGUCCUCCUGUGAAAUCUCCCUCCCUGACAACUCCACCUCCUGCCGCUCCUCCACCACCACCUGCCCCGAGCAGGACUUCUACAGCGGACAAUACGAAGACCUGGAUGGACCAGCUCAGGAGGGAGCGCCUCUGCAGACGGGCGGAGAAACAGGAGGUGGUGGGAGGAACAGCAGCAGGGAAGGGAGCGGAGAUGGAGCAGGAGGGAGCAGUCGCGGCACCAGCAGCAGUGAUACCAGUGAAGGUUUCACCACUGGGAAUGGACCUGGGAACCACAGUGCUCUGCACAGUCUGGUGGCCAGUCUGAAACAGGAGAUGCACAAACAGAAGACAGAGUAUGAGGCCAGGAUAAAAAGCUUGGAGCAGCGCAACCUGGAGCUGGAGACGGAGAUGGUGGGCCUACACGAGGAGCUGGACCAAGAGAGGAAGAAGUACACCAUGGUGGAAAUCAAGCUGCGUAACGCUGAACGGGCCAAGGAGGAUGCUGAGCGACGAAACCAGAUGCUGCAGAAAGAGAUGGAGCAGUUUUUCUCCACGUUCAGCGACCUCACGGCGACUGGCAACAGCACAGCCACAGAAGCCCGCCGACCGGACCGAAACAAUGCCAUCUGGAUACAGUGAACGGCACACUGUGGUUCAUUUAUCCAUUUCAUGGAUGUGAAUGCUGAUGGGACUUGAGACAGGAUUAGGAUGCUGACUGGAGGAAAUCUGGGCCUGUUUUAUAUAAAAAAUAUAUAUUAAAUAAGCGUAUACAGCUAAAAAAAGGGAUACUUGCGUAAAUACAGUCAUCACCUGGAGUGAUGUCAGGCUUACAUUAUAUUUGUACAUAGCGUUAUUUAAACACCUCAUGGACACUUUCUAACCUUCUCAGAAACUGCAGCGGUGCUCACUCACACUGGGAAGUGGAAUAAAGAAAAGCUUCAUCAGUGUGUCAGUAAACUGUACAUUUUAUGUGGGGAAUGUAAAAUGUGAAAAAACAUGGAAAAAAAUAAUAAUAUCCUCAACCUUGGACCUAAAAAUAAUCAAGUGAUACUUCUCACCAAUUUUAUUAAUUUCUAAUUGCCCUAUUGUGUCAUUCUGUGUGGGCUCAUGUACAUAGGGGGAAACGAUGCAGACGACUUUAGGCAAAUGUUUGUAACUGAAUCUGUCACUUAAAUGUUCAAGAUAUUUAAGCAAAGUCGUCAUGGUGAUAUGUUUUAUAUCAGGAUUGUUUUUGUCCUUGCACUUCUAUGUUUGUCCAGUCUCCACCAGUUGGUACUGAAUGUUCUGUCAGUCAAUCUGCAAACCAUGUUAAACUGGUGAGUAUAUUGUGUAUUUGCUUGUACUUCUGUGUAGUUAUAUUUACUCAUGACCAAAAAAAAUAGAACCUUUCUGUAAAUAUUUUUUAGAUGUUGAACACACUACUUGUUAGUCUGCACUGUGGUUUUGAUUGUUGUUUAAAUGGCAUGGUAGCAGUUCAAAUGGAGGUUUUGUAGCUUUAAAAUUGCAAUUUAAGCCUGGCACAAUUGGUCAGUUGCAUACAAUGCCAGUUAGAAGUUUACGUACACUCAUCGUUGACGAGGCAUGGCAUAUUCAUUUUGGGCUUUAAUUGGUGGAUUUGAAUUAAUCCUUCCUCAUGGUGGAACAAUUAUCCAACAAACCUCAGUAAAUGUUAAAAAUUUUAACAUUUUUCUGUAGAAAACAAGCUUCUGUCAAAGCCAAAAUCGUGCUGAUGGACAUAAAACGAUGCUCCAUGUUCAACUUGCUUACAGUGGUUGCUUAUAGUGGACGGUAUAUUUCGAAGCGUUUAUGUAUAAUGUUGACAUAGUAUGAAGGAAAGUCACAAUAAAUUAAAAGUUAUACAUCCACUAGUAGAGUUUCUUGCUAGAUAAUCAUUCCACCUUUGUGACAGAACACUGUAAAAAUAUCAUUAGGGCCCGCACUUAAUAUAAGAUGUAUGCCCGUAAUGAGUGUAAACAUCUGACUGGCACUGUCAGAGAUUUAGGCAACAAAUAUUUGUCCAGAAUACAGAAUUUGAGGAGAAAAUAUACCUUUCCACUUCAAGAGAUAUGUAGCAAAUUCUUGUGGAAAUUCAAAUUUAAACUCUGAUUGAAUAAAAUGUUAAUUGUAAAAUAUGAUUGUAUAUAAACACCCAUCAGACGAUUUUCAUUCUAACCUAUAGAACAAGUGCAAAAAGUGCAUCUGGAUAAUUACCAACACAGCUGUUUUUAACUGUGAAAAAAAAAUCUGACUACAGCAAGAAUUUUGUCAGCACCGAUGACAUUAAAAGCCCGUCUGUUAGAUCUACUGGCAGAUGACGAACGCAUGAAGGUGCAUGAGGUUCAUGAGGGUUUGUGUACAAUAACUUAAUAUGCGUCAAGUGACUUUUCUAUUCACCAAGUGUAUGUAUGUAGCUUCAAACCAAACGUCUACACACAGUGUGGAUUUGCUAAUGGGUACAAGUCCGGUCGUAUGAGUCAUGAACACGCUUAACGCUUCUCCACCAGAGAUUGUUCCCCAUUUUAAACCUGCUGCUGGUCAUUGCAGGACAUCUGGAAUGUGUGCACAGAGAAAGAAAGUCCCUGGACAACCAAAUAAAGAGAGGUGACUCUAAACUCUCUUCACACAUUAUAGAAAUAAUAGGCUUUAGCCCAGCUGACGGUGCCACCUCACUCUGAAUUCCACGCAAAGAGCAGAUGAUGGACUAAGGUGAAGGCGGAUACUGAAACUCAUGCAAGACGUGAUACUUGAUGUUCAAAAGAACCUUGAAAAAACAUGACAUUAUAAAUAAAAAUGCAUUUCCUGUGA